AUGUGUACCAUUAAGUUUCUUCUGUAUGUAUCUGUAAUUGUAAAGUUUGAUUCUAUACUUAGUUUAAAUAUCAAGGCUCAUUUUCCAACUUCAAAAGAUCCUUUAUAUCCACGAAUUCAGAUGACUGAAUCACUUCCAAAUUUAAAAGAAUUGACCGUCUGUACUUGGUUAAAACCUUACGUAUUGGAUGACUUGGAUACUGUUUUAUCUUACGCAACAUUAAGCAGUCACAACCAGCUUUUAAUCGCUUUAAGAACUAAGUUAAAUAUUACGAAAAUUGAAUUUCAUAUUGUAAAAUUUGUAAACACCGUUACUUGUUCUCACGUAAUUUGGAAAAUUGGAAAAUGGUAUCAUUUGUGUGUAAGUGUAUUCACUCCUAGUGGAAGUGUUGAGUUUUAUCUUAAUGGGAUUUUAUGCAGAAAAUUCGAAAAUAUUAUCGAAUUUAAAAAUAAAGAAAUUCCUACUGGUGGAAUAUUAAUUAUUGGACAAGAACAAGACGGUUUAAAUUCAAAAUUCGAUAAUAAACAAUCUUGGUACGGUGAUAUCGCAGAUCUUCACAUCUGGAAUGAGAAAUUAAACGAAGAACAGAUUCGAGAAGCAGGAAUUUGUAAAGGAAAACGUAAACAAGGUAACGUCUUCUCUUGGAUGAAAACAAAAAUAUCUGUUUUAGAUAAUGUCAUUUUUUCAGAAACAGAACUUUGUAAUCCUUAA